GUGACCGAGAUCUCACAUGACGUAGAUGCUCACGUGAUCAAUCGCUUACGUGAGCAGAAGUAGUUCUGGUCGUCGUCUAUCGUCUCGCUAUAGCCGUUUGAGGGAAGAAGGAGGAAAAUCCCCCGGUAUCGUUGGAGCAAACAUUUUAAAAGUAUUUCUGUCGGCCAGAUUCCUGGAAGAAACUCUAACAGGGUCAAAGGGUAUGUGAAUUUUUAUUUUUUACAUAAUUGAGAUGAAGAAAAUGGCUAUAAUCUUGAGUCAUUUAAAAAUAUGUAACUUAAUAUUAAAUGUAUAAUGUUCUACUUUUCUUCAUUAAAUGCCUUUCAAGUACUACAUAGUUCAAUAAGUCCUGCUCUUAAUUUCAGAUAAUUCCUUAAGGCACAUACCUGAAGUGGAUUUUCUGUCAGAAGGUGUGGUAAAUAUUACCAACAUGCUUUUCCACAAUCGUACAGUUUUUAUCUCUUUUGGUGAACUUUAGAUUGUGAACUGUCUGUAAUGUUGAUGUAUUGUCACAGUUGAAUUUCCACUAUUUUUGAUUGGUGUAAAAAUGUUGAUUUUACUUUCAAUUUCAUUUUGAAUGAAGUUUGAGUGUGUCCCAGACUUUUUCCCUAUACACUCCUUUCACUUCUGCAUUUAAAUUUGGUUUUGGUCAUAAUCACAUCAUUACGCCUCUCCUUGUCCCUCCCUCCAAACCUUCCCACGCUUCAACACCUUGCUCUCUUUCCAAUUCUUGGCCUUUUUCUCAGUUGUUACAUACGUGUGUAUAUUCCUAAAUCAUAAAUACCACCUGCUCAGCUUAUUGUGUGCAUGCUGCGAGGAUUGACCCUUUGCUACUAGAUAACCAAUUGGUGUGCGUGGCUUUGGGGAAGACAGCAUUCCCCAUUAUCAGCAUUCCCCAUUAUCAGCAUUCCUUAGUUGCUGCAGUCCUAUAUCCUCCUUUGUUGUGAAUUGUUCUGUUCGUGGGUAGGGUCUCAACUAUUCAUUCCUGGCUGACCUGGAACUCCCUCUGUCAAGCAAGCUGGCCUCAAACUCAGACCUGCCUGUCUCUGCUUCCAGAGUGCUGGGAUUAAAGGCACAUGCCAGCCCACCCAUCUCAAUAAGUCACUUUUUAAAAAGAUUAUUUAUUUAUUUAAGUGUUCUCUUUGCAUGUAUGCCUUCUGCAUGACAGAGAGGGCAUCAGACAGAACAGAGCAUUGGAUCCCAUUAAUAAAUGAUCAUGAACCACCAUAUGGUUGAUGGGAAUUGAACUCAGGACCUCUGGAAGAGCAGCCAGUGCUCUUUAGCAAGCUCCUCAAUAGGUCAUUUUAAGAGUUUGCUCGUAGUACCCCUUUCCUUCUGUUUGAAUGCUCCAUUUGCCUGGGUGAUAGGUCUGAAACAGCUGCAAUGACAUGUUUAAAAUCCAUAGGUGAUACAUAUAUAUGUAUAUCUAUCCUCCCUUCUGUACACCCAGAGCCAUAAUGUACCAUAAUGUCUUAAGGUUUGGGGGAGGUACAUGUCACAUAGUACUAUGAAUACUGAAUCCUGAAUUGUGCUUAUGAACCAAACAAGAGUCUAGGGUAUGUAUAGAACCCUCAGGAUCCCAUCUCUUUCGUUAUAGUCUUGUCUUUGGAGUUUUGUACCCUUUCAUUUUGUGUCCCAUUAGAGUUUUUAUAGAUCCUAGAUCUGAGUCCUGGAACAGAAUCAGGAUAGUUUGUUUCCAUUCACCCUUCUGUCUCCAGUUGAUACACUUCAUCAGCCAGUCCUUCUGUGUAUUUGCCUUCUAUGUAGUCUGUAUUUGCACUUACCUUUGGGGCAACACACAGUUCUCCUUCUCCAGACUUAAUUGGUUCUUCCAUGGCAGAACUGAGUACUGGAUGUGGCCCCUAAAACAUGUUUGAAUGUAUAAAUACCCAUUAAGCCUUUUCCAUUUAUCUUUUAGGCUUUAAUAGUUCUGUAUUUUAUUGACUUGCAUUCAUUGUUUAUAUUCUUAGGCUAUGGAUGGAUUUGUUGUAUCAUCUCAUGAGUAUUGUCUUUUGAUUUAAAGAAUAUUUUCAUUUUUAUAUAUAAUGGAAUGUAGUUACACUUUGUUAUAUUUAGUUCUAAUUUUCUCUGUGUGAUGUUAAUAUAUUGGCUCAGUGCAGAAAAUUUAGAAUAUUUGAAAUUAUCUAAAGGAAAAAAGUAUCCAUGGAAACAAAAAAUUCCUAUAAUACUGUUAACCAGAAAUAACCACCAUAAAUUAAUUAUACCUGAUACAUAAUAGAAAUGAAAUAAGUACCCUCGAAGUGAAUGAAUUAAAAGUUUUAUGCAGUCUUUGUUCAUAUAGCUCCUUUGAAAAUCUUACUGAUAAGAACUUGUAAAAUAAUAGUUUUCUUUGUUUCUCUUACUCUAUUGUAUACACUUUUUCAUGACAAUAGUUUUCUAAUUUUUUUAAAGCCACAUUGAAAUUGCAUUGAGCCAAGCUUGCCACCAAGAGUCCAUCAGUCACCAUGAUGCUGAGCACAGAGGGCAGGGAGGGGUUCGUGGUGAAGGUCAGGGGCCUACCCUGGUCCUGCUCAGCCGAGGAAGUGAUGCGCUUCUUUUCUGAUUGCAAAAUCCAAAAUGGCACAUCAGGUGUUCGUUUCAUCUACACCAGAGAAGGCAGACCGAGUGGUGAAGCAUUUGUCGAACUCGAAUCUGAAGAUGAAGUGAAAUUGGCUUUAAAGAAAGACAGAGAAACCAUGGGACACAGAUAUGUUGAAGUAUUCAAAUCCAACAGUGUUGAAAUGGAUUGGGUGUUAAAGCAUACAGGUCCAAAUAGUCCUGAUACUGCCAAUGAUGGGUUUGUACGGCUCAGAGGACUCCCAUUUGGCUGUAGCAAGGAAGAAAUUGUUCAGUUCUUUUCAGGGUUGGAAAUUGUGCCAAAUGGGAUGACACUGCCAGUGGACUUUCAGGGGCGGAGCACAGGGGAAGCUUUUGUGCAGUUUGCUUCACAGGAGAUAGCUGAAAAGGCCUUAAAGAAACACAAGGAAAGAAUAGGGCAUAGGUACAUCGAGAUCUUCAAGAGUAGCAGAGCUGAAGUCCGAACCCACUAUGAUCCCCCUCGAAAGCUCAUGACUAUGCAGCGCCCGGGUCCUUAUGAUAGGCCAGGGGCUGGGAGAGGGUAUAAUAGCAUUGGCAGAGGAGCUGGGUUUGAAAGAAUGAGGCGGGGUGCCUAUGGUGGAGGGUACGGAGGCUAUGAUGACUACGGAGGUUAUAAUGACGGGUAUGGUUUUGGGUCUGAUAGAUUUGGAAGAGACCUAAACUACUGUUUCUCAGGAAUGUCUGAUCAUCGAUAUGGAGAUGGUGGGUCCAGUUUCCAGAGCACCACAGGGCACUGUGUACACAUGAGGGGGUUACCAUACAGAGCCACUGAGAAUGAUAUUUACAAUUUUUUCUCACCUCUUAAUCCCAUGAGAGUACACAUUGAAAUCGGACCUGAUGGCAGAGUCACGGGUGAGGCAGACGUUGAGUUUGCUACUCAUGAAGACGCUGUGGCAGCUAUGGCAAAAGAUAAAGCAAAUAUGCAGCACAGAUAUGUGGAGCUCUUCCUGAAUUCUACCGCAGGGACGAGUGGAGGAGCUUAUGAUCAUAGCUAUGUAGAGCUCUUUUUGAAUUCUACAGCAGGGGCAAGCGGUGGUGCUUAUGGCAGCCAGAUGAUGGGAGGGAUGGGUUUAUCCAACCAGUCUAGUUAUGGAGGUCCAGCCAGCCAGCAGCUGAGUGCUGGCUACGGAGGUGGUUAUGGUGGUCAGAGCAGUAUGAGCGGAUAUGACCAAGUUCUUCAGGAAAACUCAAGUGACUAUCAGUCAAACCUUGCUUAGGAAGAGAGGAAGCAUCAAAGAGCAUCUACAGGAAUAAAAAGUACAUUAUAGGAACUGGAUAGAGUAGGGAGGAUGUCCAGCAUAUCCAGUAUGAUUGGUAAAUGGGAAAUACAAUUGCUUCUGAUCACUAUUGGUCAGCUUCUUUCUUUCUUCUUUCUCCUUUUUUUUAAAGAGAACAAAAUUUAAGUUUAACAGUUUCGCAUUACAAGCUUGUGAUUCAUGCUUACUGUAAAGUGAAAGUUACGAUUGUUUUCAAACUUUAAGCUCAGCAAUUUUGAACACUGAAAAUAUUCAUCUAGGAUGUAAUAACAAGUUCAGUAUUGACCAUAACUGUCAAUUCCACUUUCAGCUUUCCUCAAGUUAGUUAUGUUGUAGGAGUGUACUUAAGCAGUAAGCAUCUUUAGGUUUAAAGCAGUUUCACUUACGUUAAAUGUUGCUCUUAUACCACAAUACAUCGAAAACUUCAGAUGCAUGUUGAGAAACAUGCUUUUCUGUAAAAAAUAUAGGAGCUGUGUCUGAUUCAAAGUGACAUUUGGCAUGUUUGUUAAUUCUAGCUUUUUGGUUUAAUAUCCUGUAAGGCACGUGAGUGUACACUUUCACCUUUUUUUUUUUUUUUUUUUUAAAGAUCCGGGACAAUUUUGAGAUGUGAUACCAAUACAUUAGGAGUUUGGUCAUGUUAUUUGUAUGGAAUUCUGGGGCUUUGAUUUAAAUCUUACCUUGUAUUGUGAAUUCCAUUUAGAUGUAUUGUACUAAGUGAAACUUGUUAAAUAAAUCUUCCUUUUAAAAACUGGAAAAA